UUAUAUUCACACAUGCAUUCUAGAGAUGUUUAGAUUGAAGUAUUACUAAAAUGAUUUAUGAUAUGCAAUAAAUGAAACAAAUUCGAGUAAAGAGUGUUGUUAAGAUCUUGAUAUGAAGAUAAAUAGUUAAAAAUAUUUUUAGUUGAUGGAAAUUUAAGUAUAACUUCUGUGUAAAGUUUGGUUGUAAGAAGGGAUCUUUUUUGGUUGUCUUCGAUGAUUUGCGAUCUGGGUUCACGUCGGAGUACCUCACCUGUACGGUUCGGUUCGUUUCGGGUUCCGCCCAUCGUCCAAUGGCACGGAGGGCCGCCGGCGGAAGAUGGCCUUACAUUUACGGUGGAGGGGCUGCGGCGGCUUAAGCUGCACCUAUGACAAGUGCACGGGUUCAUUUUACGCCGUCAGCCUCCACCUGAACGGGAUCCUCAGGAGAUCCUCCUGAUGAUUUCGCGUUGCGCGUAUCGCGUGUGCCACCAAAGGAAACUAACAACGAACACGGCAACGAUCGGAAUGCUGAUGAUGAUUAUAGUUAUAAUGUUGUUGAUGUCGGAGUGUCGCGUCGCGAGCAGGAGAUGAGGUUCAGGUGGGCUGCCGUGGUCCUGGUCCUGGUGCUGACCGUGCCCAGGUUGGAAGCUUGCGGACCGGGCCGCGGGGGCUUUAAGAAGAUACUCAUCAAGCCACUUACGGCUCUCGUCUUCAAACAACAUAUUCCAAACGAAGUCGAAAACAGUCUUGCUGCUAGUGGUCCUUCUGAAGGUGCCAUCGAUAGGGACGAUAGUAGGUUCAAGGACUUCGUACUCAAUUAUAAUCAGGACAUUAUUUUUAAAGACGAGGAAGGUACAGCUGCUGAUAGAGUUAUGACUCAGAGGUGCCAAGAAAAAUUAAAUACUUUAGCCAUUUCCGUGAUGAACCAAUGGCCUGGUAUCAGAUUACGAGUAACCGAAGCUUGGGAUGAAGAAAAACAUCAUUCGUCGAAUUCCCUACAUUACGAAGGAAGGGCUGUCGAUAUUACCACUUCAGAUAGGGAUAGGGGUAAAUACGGGAUGUUAGCACGAUUAGCCAAAGAGGCUGGUUUCGAUUGGGUUUAUUACGAAAGUCGGAAUCACAUUCACUGUUCAGUAAAAUCAGAACCAACGCAUUCAAAAUACGGUGGUUGUUUCUCAUCAGAAAGCACCGUAAAAACCUCAUCCGGCGAAACCAAACAACUAAAAGACCUCGAAAUCGGCGAAAACAUCCUCACCUACGACUUGGAAACAGGUGAAACAGUCUUCAGCGAGGUGUUAUUAUUCUUGGAUCGUAAUCCGGGUGAAGUGCGCCGGUUCGUACACGUGGAAACAACGCGACGAACAUUAAAGGUGACAGCAUCGCAUUUAGUGGUGAUUAAAGACGCGAAUAACAUUACCAGGACAAUUUUCGCGGCCGAAUUAAAAGUUGGUGAUACAGUUUUGGUUCUAAAAGAUGAAAACGCGCGAACAAUAAUUAUGGAUCGUGUCGAAAAAAUUUCUUGGUCCUCGGAAAUCGGAGUUUACGCCCCGUUAACGCGAACCGGAACUGUGAUUGUAGAUGGUGUUGUAGCUUCUUGUUACGCGACUAUUGAUAGCCAAUUUAUCGCUCAUUUUGUUAUGGCACCGAUUAGAAUGGGUUAUAAUCUCAUGGAAGGAUUUUCUAGAAUGUGGAAAAUCGUUAGUAAACCGAUUAAUGGAUGGAGCGAAGAGAGAAGUAUCAAAUUGAAAGAGGAACCCGUCGGGGUUUAUUGGUACGCUCAAAUUUUGUAUAAAAUUGGAAAUUACGUGAUUCCCUAUAGGAUGUAUCAGUGAGAUUUUAAACAGAAAGUAUUAAAGUUUUGAACGUUUUUUGACAACGAGGAUAUGGUUUUUUAAAAAGGCCAGUGAUAAAGUGGAUGAUUUUUUUUUUAAGUAGGAAAUAAUAGGAAAAUAAAGUGUAUAUUAACGUGUACUUUAAUGUAUAUAGAAUUUUUUUAUUUUUAUUAUUUUUCCUUUUGUAUUAUAAAACCGUUUUGUAGGCGAGUAAUUAAGUUAUGUAAAUUAUUUAUGUAAUAUAUCUGAAUAUAAAAUAUUUAUCGUGA